CAACAGAGAGGAGUCAGUGCGUGGCCAGGCGUGGCCAGUCUUCCCGCGUGUGGCUGCCCGUUGACCUGCACUGUGUCCAGCGUGGCCACCUCGCUGAUGCAGACACAGCUGCACCUGAGCCACCCAGCGCGUUGCUCUGUGCGCGGCAGAGGGUGACCUCAGGGCGAACGAUGAGCAGCAACAGCAAUAAGAGAGCUCCAACCACAGCCACCCAGCGACUGAAACAGGACUACCUUCGGAUUAAGAAAGACCCGGUGCCUUACAUCUGUGCUGAGCCCCUCCCUUCCAAUAUUCUUGAGUGGCACUAUGUGGUCCGAGGCCCUGAGAUGACUCCUUACGAAGGUGGCUAUUACCAUGGAAAACUAAUUUUUCCCAGAGAAUUCCCCUUUAAACCUCCUAGUAUUUAUAUGAUAACCCCCAAUGGAAGAUUUAAGUGCAAUACGAGGCUGUGUCUUUCCAUCACGGACUUCCACCCAGACACCUGGAACCCGGCCUGGUCUGUCUCCACCAUCCUGACCGGGCUGCUGAGCUUCAUGGUGGAGAAGGGCCCCACCCUGGGCAGCAUAGAGACGUCGGACUUCACGGUGAGGAAAAGACAACUGGCGGCACAGAGUUUAGUGUUUAAUUUAAAAGACAAAGUCUUCUGUGAGUUGUUUCCUGAAGUCGUGGAGGAGAUUAAACAGAAGCAAAAAGCACAGGACGAGCUCAGCAGCAGACCCCAGGCGCUGCCCUUACCAGACGUGGUUCCCGACGGGGACACGCACCACGGCCAGCACGGGCUGCAGCUCCUCAACGGGCACGCGCCAGGGGCCGGGCCCCACCUCGCGGGCUUCCAGCAGGCCAACCGGCACCACGGACUCCUGGGCGGCGCCCUGGCGAACUUGUUUGUUAUAGUUGGGUUUGCAGCCUUUGCCUACACGGUCAAGUACGUGCUGAGAAGCAUAGCACAGGAGUGAGCUGCACGCCGGGACGCAGAGGUGGCCAAGAGCGAGGGACGGCCCAGCCUGACGCUGGCUGGCUGGACGUGCCAUCCGCACAGGGCGGACCCGCCCGACGCCUGGGGUUAGCUUUUUAAAAACCAUUAAGAGGAAAACAAAAACCAGAGUGUGGGGUCUGGAUUGGAGCGUAGACACGAGUCCCGCCCACGCACUCUGGUCUCGCUGUGGAGCUCGGGCCGCGGAGGAGGGGCCUCACGCUGUGGUUCUGUACCUCAUCUCCUGCAUUGUCUUUGGGACAUGUUUUAGUAAACCUGUUUUUCAUUUUAUAGAUUUGAUCACUUAAAAUACAAAACUUGAUGCCUA